AUGAUCACGACCCACAUGAACGGUUAUGUGCAGGAAGGCACCGCCCAGGCCGCCAGCCACAGGGAGCGGCCACUGGACUGCCCUGGCGACGAGAGUUGCCUCGUCAAGCCCGUGCACUGCAGUGCCCAGAUGGAGAGAAUCCAACACUACCAGGAUGAGCUGAGGAAGAGGAGGGAAGAGGAUGGCCGGGGGAAGCACGACAUUGACCCCAAUGCAUCACUGAGGCUCAGGAAACUGGCACAGAAUCCAAAAGUGGGCGUUGACAAUCCUACCUUUGAGGGGAAGGACCAUACCACCAAAGAUGCAAUUACCGACCUGGAGGAGCUUCUGCAAGCCAUCAAGUGGGUGCAGCAAUACCUAAGUGACGCUCGGAGCCACCAGGAUGCGGAGCUGCUCAUCCUGCUGCUUGCCAAUGAUGACUUUAAGUGCGCCUACAGCAUCUACACCGUUGUGUCCCAAAAGAUGAAUCGAGUCAACCCCACCUCGCCCCUCACGGCGCAAGCGCAGGAGCUAUGCCUAGAGGUCCACAAGAUCCUCCAGUCCAGCCAACAGAAAGAGGGCUUGGAGCUCAGGGCUCUGCUCACCAAUCCUCAUCUCCAGGCGCUGAUGCAAGCACAUGACAGCUUAGCUGUGCAGGAAAUGGCAGAGGACAACGUGAUCCAGUAUUUGGGCAAAACUGUUAAAAUGGUGCGGCUGCAUAAGACUCGUGACACUCCGCUGGGCGCGACCGUGCGUAAUGACAUGGACAGCGUGAUGGUGAGCCGGGUAGUGAAAGGUGGGACUGCGGAGCACAGCGGCCUGCUCAAUGAGGGGGAUGAGAUCCUGGAGAUCAAUGGCAUUUCCCUUCGUGGGAAGCACGUCAAUGAAGUUCACGACUUACUGCAACAAAUGCACGGCACUUUGACAUUCCUUCUCAUCCCGAGCUCUCAGAUUAAAUCUGCCCCACACAGACAGACUGUGAUGCACGUACGAGCUUACUUUGACUACGACCCCUCAGAUGACCCUUUUGUGCCAUGUCGGGAGCUGGGCCUUUCUUUCCAGAAAGGGGACAUUCUUCACGUCAUCAGCCAGGAUGACCCCAACUGGUGGCAGGCCUACAGGGAUGGAGAUGAAGAAAAUCAGUUACUGGCUGGACUCAUUCCAGGGAAAUGCUUCCAGCAACAGAGAGAGACCUUGAAGAGAACAACACCAGACAGGACUCCAGAGCAGCAAGGGAAGCGUUGGUAUGUGAAGAAAAACAAACAGCAGAAGAAGAAAAGCAAAAACGCUGAAAGCGAAGACGUCCUGACCUAUGAGGAGAUGUCUCUCUAUCACCAGCCCGCCAACCGCAAACGCCCCAUAGCUCUGAUCGCUCCUACGAACAGCGGCCAUGACGAGCUGCGCCGCAGGCUACUCGUUGUUGAGCCGAACAAGUUUGCCGUUGCCGUCCCGCACACGACCAGAAGUGCAAGGAUCCACGAGCGGAACGGGCGCGAGUACCACUUUGUGAAUCGACAAAGCUUCGAGGACGACUUGUCAGCGGGGAAGUUCAUCGAGUCCGGGGAGUAUGGGAAGAACCUGUACGGAACCAGCACGGACUCUGUGCGACACGUAGUCAACUCUGGGCGCAUCUGCUUGCUCUGCCUGCACACCAGGUCGUUGAAGGUCCUGAGGUCCUCAAACCUCAAACCGUUUGUCAUCUUCAUUGCACCUCCUUCUCAAGAACGACUGCGCACCCUGCUGGCUACUGAGGGAAAAACACCCAAGCCAGAAGAUCUUAAGGAGGUCAUCGAGAGGGCUCGCGAGAUGGAGCAGGACUUCGGCCACGUUUUUGACGCCACCAUUGUGAACGCAGAGCCAAACGAAGCUUUCUUUGAACUGCGCAGGCUCAUCGAGAAGCUGGACACCGAACCGCAGUGGGUGCCCACCUCUUGGCUCUGCUGAGCUCCCCCAUGGACGUUCUUGAAGGCACCAUUUGAAAGACAGAUACUACACUGUUCAUUUGCACAUUUCCCCAAAGACGGACUCAGGUUUUUCUUACAAUUCGUCAUGUCUGUGCGUCUCCUUUGUGCUCCCCCUUUUUGCUUUAGCCAUUUAUGAAAGAUAAAUCUUAAUAUUUAUAAUUGUAAAUAUAGAUUUUCUAGGGCUAAUGUAAACAUUUUACUCCUAAAUUGGAAAAUCAAAAUGAUAUAAUGGUACAUUGCUUUAAGUGGCUGCAGUUCCAUUUGUUAAUAGAUUAAGUUUAUUUUCUCUUUCACCACAAUCAGUUUUUUUGUUUGUUUUAUCUUAUUUGUGUUCUAUUGAAAGCCCCGCAAAAGAAAUCUAUUGUCAUUAAACGGCAUAUCAUACUGCAAAAACUA